UGAGCGCGCAUGCGGAGGUCAGAGUUGACAGUGUCCCUCUACACAGCCGUGUUAGCAGUGUGCGGCUAAGCUAACUAGCUACAUGUGGAGGGUAAAACAGGAGCUAUCCCCUACCCUAACUCUGUCAAAACUCCCUCUUUCUGCGCUAAACAACUUUAGAAUUUAACGUACUCGAAAAUAAAGGGCGAUAUCAGUUGACAAUGAAAGGUAGCCGGAUCGAGUUGGGGGAUGUUACACCCCACAACAUUAAGCAGCUGAAGCGCCUCAACCAGGUUAUCUUCCCUGUCAGCUACAAUGACAAGUUUUACAAGGAUGUACUGGAAGUUGGAGAGCUUGCCAAACUAGGAGUACUUCUUUCUUUUCUUUCAGCAUACUUCAAUGACAUUGCUGUUGGGGCUGUGUGCUGCAGAGUGGAUCACUCUCAGAACCAGAAGAGACUCUACAUUAUGACACUUGGCUGUUUAGCACCCUACCGUAGACUUGGAAUCGGUACAAAGAUGCUGAAUCACGUCCUCAAUAUCUGUGAGAAAGAUGGCACCUUUGACAACAUUUACCUUCACGUGCAGAUCAGCAAUGAGUCUGCCAUUGACUUUUAUCAGAAGUUUGGCUUUGAGAUCAUUGAAACAAAAAAGAAUUACUACAAGAGGAUAGAGCCUGCAGACGCUCACGUGUUGCAGAAGAGUCUGCGCAGCCCGUGUGCGCCCCCCUCUGGAGAGCUUCAGAAGGCAGAGUAGUGGCACAGCUUUUGGAAAGCGCACAGGUGUGCCCGUGUCCACAGAAACAGAACUAUGACAAAAGUCCCAGGGUCGACACAUGCAACGCUUUCUUCAAAGGAUGCUCAAUAUAAAUUGAAAGUAUGAAUACAAAUUGCGGUGUUUGUUUUGCAGAGGGGUCCCCUUGAUUGUUUUUUGUUUGUUUGAGGUUUUUUUUUUUUUUUGCCUCCCUUUUCCUAUACACAUAUUUGAAAAAAAUGAGAAAUCACUGUUUGAAAGUGUUUCUCUUAGUAAAAAUGCAAACUUUAGACAGUUGUUCCACUUGGUGGAGGGGGUGCAGAGCAUCAUAUUUGUGUUUCUCUGUGGUUAUAAAGCUAAUGGGGACAUACCUGCACUGUAAAAAAACAAAAAAGGACAAAAAAAAAGAACUGUUGGUUUGAAGCAGUUAGUUUGAAAGCUAAAAUCCCAGCUGGUCAGUUUUGGAGUGACACUGAGUUAUGACGUGGAACCUCAUGGCACCGCAAAUCCCUUGCCUCCUGAACUCUGGGAUUUAUGGGAAAUGAGUCUCACCAGUUUAUGUUCAAUCCAAAGGGGAAGAGCAGACAUUUGUUCUGAUGAUACAGCUGUUUGGAAGGCUGAACAGUUUUGAGGUGGUUGAAAGAUUCACCAUUUAAUUUCCGAAUAUCAUUUUCCAGCCUGUUAAUUCCCCAUCUUUUUUUUUUUUUUUUUUACUUUGAAAUGGCGAAUGGUUCAGAGGUUCUCCUGGGCUUCAUAGGAUGGGUGAAAACAUUAAGGAGUCAGUAGGAAUGUGAGAAGCCAACAAAACAUUGCUUUGAAUGUUUUUUUGUUUUUAGAGCAGGCACCUUAACGUGUAAGGGAAGUCUGAAUAUUAAGAGAUUGUCUUGCUGGAAUUCGAUUUGGGCAUUAGAUUUCAGCAGCAGUGUGCUCAGGAUUUGGAUUGUUAGUUUUACAGACAGUGUGUAUCAUGAAUGCUGCCUGAUUAUUCUGGCACUUUAUGUAGCAACUGUGCAGAAACGGUCUCCUCAAACUUGCUGGCUCCACCAGCUUCUCUUGCAUAUACUGUACCUUUUAAUAGGCUCUGAAGCUUAACUGGUAGUUUGGAGGUUUUCGUAUGAUUUCUUGAUCAAUAUAUUACCCAGGGGAAGCUCUGACCUUCUGCAUGCUGGGAGAGUUGUCCUCUCCACUGUAGUAUAAGCAUGUUUUCUUUUCUUUGGAGAAUUUUAUCUUUUCUGGAACUCUAUAUUCUAAGACUUUUUAACGUCUAAAUAAAGGAGUGACUAUUUGCAGUAAAUGUG